AUGGUCGAUUUGGUUACUGCUCUUCAAAAUGAUAUUGUCAUCAAUGAAGAAUUUCAAGCUCAUUCUCCUCUAUUGUCAAAUUCUACAUUUAUUGUCGUAGAAAAUGUUGUAAUAAAAGAAGUUUGUAAUGAGUUUUUUAAUGCAAAAUCUAGUAAUAGUGACGAGACCUCAAUAAUAGAAGAAAACACAUUAGUAGCUGAUUCUAAUGUUAUCGGCAGUGAUACGAGUUCAUCGCAUCAGGAUACAACUGAGAUUGAGAAAAACUUACGUAUCAGUGACAGUGAAGAUGAAAGUCCAUUAAAACUGGUUCCAUAUUCAGAUAGUUCUGAUAGUGAUUGCUUAUUUGAAGGAUAUCCAACAAAAAGCCAAAAGAGAAGAAAAAGGUUUCAAGUAGAUAAAGAAAAUUGGGUUUCACAACAAAAUCUUAAACUUAGGGAACAUGGAUCUCCAUACCUAGGUCAAGGUCUUAAAAACGAAACAGCUCGAAGAAGUAUUUUGGAUCAUUUCUGGAGUUUGGAAUGGGGAGCCAAAAAAACACUAAUUGAUAGUGUUGUGUCAUUUUUACCAAUCAACAAAUCAAGAAAUAGAAAAAAGAUGGAUUUUGUUCCAUUUGGAAUUAGACGAAAGGUUGUAAAUGUUGUGCGCAACAGUUUUUCACUCAAGCCUAAUGGUGUAUGGGCCAGCGAAGGAGCAGACGUUUUUAAGAGUAACAACGCUGCCCUUCAGCUGGAAAUGAUCGAGUAUCAGGAAGAUUUCGCUUUAAGAAAGGUUUAUACUAUAGUUCCAGAAACGCUUGGCUUGCACAAAUUUUGGAAUAAAUAUGUGUGUGACAAAAAACAUCCAGAACUAAAAUUUUUGGCAACGAAACUGUGUACUAUUUUUGGCUCAACUUUUGUUGAGCUGUGA